AUGGCGUCUGUUGUUGCUCCAUGUAGUAGCAGUCGCUACAACAUGUGUGAGAGAAAUCUCGGCCUUAUGAUGGAAGUUAUUCGUCGAGAUCCGGAAUCAUAUAAAGAGGAGUUCAUGGAACAAUUCGAUCACUAUCUUCAUGCCAUGAAGUUGCUCCAGCUACAACCACAACAACACAGGUUGGAAUUGCAGCCUCUACUGGAGUCUGUGACAUUCCUGUCAGGUCUUGCUAAAUACUUCCCAGAGCAGGCGAAUCAGUUCUCUUCGCAUAUAAUGAGUGUUCUCCGCGAUCAAGGUGGCGGACUCGAUCCUCAUGUAAGGAUUUCGUUUUGUAAAGCAUUAGUGUUGAUGCGUAAUCAAAACCUCAUCGAUCCCAUAAUAUUCGUUGAGAAUUUUUUUGAAUUGGUGAAGAUUGAAGACAAACAACUGAGGAGGUUCCUCACGAGUUCCAUUUUAUCGCUGCUGAAGAAGCUGUAUAACCAGAAAAAGGACAUGAAGUUUUUAGGGAAAAUACGAAACUUUUGUUUUGCAAAAUUGAAGGAUUCUCGUGCUAUUGUUGCCCGAGCCGCUCAACUGAUUUGUAUCGAUGCUUUUCGGAGACGCUAUUGGCGAGAUGAGAAAUGUGCCAAUGUCAUUGCUGAAACAUGCUUUCACAAAAUCCAGAAAAUACAGGUCACUGCUAUGAUGUUCUUUCUGGGCUCGAAGAAAGACGAAAAUGGUGAAAGUGAUGGAAGCGACAUUGGAAGCGAAAGCGAAGAGGAUGGAAAAACCAUAAAGGAAGUAAUGACCGCAUUUCGUCACGCGAAGAAAACCAGAAAGAGGGCGAAGGAUCUUGAGAGGUCGAAGAAAGCGAUGAACAAAAAGAAGAAGGCGAAAAAAGAUGGUCGUAGCAAGGAAUGUAAUCUGUUUGCAAUCCAAUCCUUAUAUGAUCCUCAGGACUUUGCGGACAAGUUGUUUCAAUUGUUAGAUGGUAACAAAAUCACUAAGUAUGAAGUACGGCUUCUUCGUAUUGCACUUUGUGCUCGAGUUAUAGCCCAAGCAUGCCACGAAAUGGUCCCACCUGAUACGGUAGAGCAACUUGUGCGUACAAUAGCAAACAAUUUUGUCACAGACAGGAAUUCCCCAGAAGCUAUCACUGUGGGUAUAAACGCAAUUCGUGAAAUUUUUGCAAACUGUUCAUUUGCCGCAACGGAAGAGUUGCUCAGAGACUUAGCGGAGUACAAAAGCUACAAAAACAAAAACGUUUCAAUGGCGGCUCGUUCACUGAUUACGCUCUUCCGAGCUAUUAACCCACAUCUGCUUGCCAGAAAAGAUCGUGGGCGACCGAACGAAGUUGACAGCGAGAAGGAGUUUCUGGCGUUUGCAAAACCGUCGAUCGCAGAAUUCGUGUCUGGUGCAGAAGUACUUGAGGAAAUUCGUGAGGAUACCGGAGAAAUGGAAGUUGACGGAGACCAUGACAGUGAUGAUAGUGUGGAGAUAAGUGAUAUUGAUGUCGAUGAGGUUGACUCUGGUGAUGAAUCUCCAGCUAAGCAAAGAGCAGUUGAUGUAAAACAUGGAAAUGAUGGCACCAAUGAGGAUGAAGAUAUUAACGAAAAGAGUUGGCAAAUUGGAGAUGAGAAUGGGAAAAAGGACGAUGAAGGCAAGAUAUGCAUUGAUGAAUGUGGCGCAGUUACAGCACAAGAUGGUGAAAUAGAUCCAAAAAAGAAAGCGGCAUUGAUCAGUUCAAACAGGAUCCUUACACAGGAGGAAUUCAAACAAAUCCGAAUAUAUCAAUUGAAAAAGAAGCUCAUUGGGGAAAAACGACUGAAGAAGCAACUCGAAUCAAGGGCAAAGAAUGAUGCUAUUAAGCUAGUAGAAGAAUUAGGUGAACGAAUGGAAAGACGCAAUGAUGGUGAUGGUUUACCACGCCUGAAGGAUAUCGAACAGUUUCAUAAGAAGAAAAAACAAACGAAAGAAGAACGGUUAGCAGGCAUUAAAGAGGGUCGCGAUGAAAAUCAGAAGUUUGGGCGACCAAAAAAGAACGGUCCACAUGUCGGAAGAACCAAUCGGGAAAUGGCGAAGAAGAAAGUGUUUAACAUGGUUAAAGCGAAGGUUCGGGGAAGGAAUCGACAGCGUUCUUUCCGAGAUCAACAGAAGAGCCUGCGAAAUUAUCUCCUCCGUCAAAGUGGUCGCAAGCCAAAGUAA